UCCGCUAAUUUCUUUUUCUUUGCUGGAUAAAGAUAGCUUUCCCAGAGUUAAUUUUAACGGAGUGAACGGUGUUUUUUAAAACAAACACUACUCGAUUCAAGACACCGAUCACAUCUAGUGUGAAUGGCCCGUCUUCUGCCUGAUCUCGCCUCCUUCCUGUCCUCGGUUCUGCCCCGCGGCUUCGCGUUGGGCCCUUCGCUGCUGCGUGAAGGCAGCGUGGGGCUUUGGUGGGUCGGUGGCCCGCUGGAGGCCGGAGCCCCGCUGGGGACGGAGGGCGACGCACAGCGGGCCCCCAGGACGCGUUCAGACCCGCUGAGCAGCUCCUCUGAAAACGGCCAAUCAGGAGCUGCUUGUUCUGAGGAUGAGCAGGCACUGAUGGGAGGAUCAACCACUCAGGAAGCUCCUGCACAAAGAGCCACAUGGUUCCACUUUGCCUGCCAGGCGCGAUGCAGGGCCCAGCAGAACGUGGCGGUGCGGUGCGCCUGCGGAGGGGUGUGUGACGACGCGUGUGUGGGUGUGUGUGUGCGUGCGUGUCAGGACAUCCAUCCGGGAACGGAGCUGCUGGUGUUCGAUGAGGCGCCGGGAAAAGGUCAACCAGAUACGAAUCUGAAGCAGGAUCCAGAGAGCAACAAAAUAAAGACUCUGGGAGAGGAAAAGCUCAAAGAGAAGAAGAAAACUCUGCAGGAUGAGGAAGAGCAUCGCAGACGGACCCCCAGUGUCAUCAAUCCUCGUCCUUCCCCUCAGAGGAGGACGAGGAAGAGGAAAACCGUCCCAUGUGAGCCGAACUCAGACCGUGAGAAAGAGCAGGACAGGUUGACAGACAAACCAAACCUUCCUGUUCCUCCACCCGUUCGCUCCAGCUCCCGUCUGGCUGCUAAACCGCGGCGGUUUCACUGCAUGUCCGCCGGAUCCAAGCGCCAUCCUGCGUCCGACUCAUCCAAACCGACCAAGGGACAAAGCAAAGACUCGGCCGAGGCGCCCGAGGUUUCCUCGGCCGCCGGGUGGCAGCCAGAGGUCAGAGAGAGACGGUACCGGUGCUCCAGCUGCGGGAAAAGGUUCUACCAGCUCGGUCACCUCCGGAAGCACCAGUUCAGCCACACAGAUGAGAAACCCUUCCGCUGUCGAGACUGUGGGAAAAACUAUACCUCAUCGGAAAGUUUCAGAGCCCAUCAGUUGAGUCACAGAGGCGAGCGGCCAUUUUCCUGUCCUCACUGUGAAAAGACGUACGGCCUGAAGCGGGACCUGAAGGAGCACCUGGUCCUGCACACCGGAGAGAAACCCUACACCUGUGAGAACUGUGGGAAAUCCUUCGCACGACGGCCCUCACUGCGCGUCCACCGCCUGCUGCACUGCAGCAGGAAGGUCUACAUGCUGUCGCCGAAGGUGCAGUGCUCCGUCUGCUCCAAGCAGCUGGCCAACCCCAGUUCCCUGAGGAACCACAUGAAGCUGCACACCGGGGAGAAGCCGCACAUCUGCCAGCACUGCGGGAAGCGCUUCAGUCAGAAAGGGAACCUGGAGAGCCAUCUGAGGGUUCACAGCGGGGAGAAACCGUUCCACUGCCCUGAGUGCCUGCAGACUUUCACUCAGAAGUCGGAUCUCCAGCGUCACAUGUUCACCCACACUGAGGGAGGGUUUCUUUGUAGCUACUGUGGGAAAUCUCUGAGGGACCCCCACAGUCUGAGGUACCACGAGCGGCUGCACACCGGAGAGAGACCCCAUCGCUGCUCAAUCUGUGGCAAAGGCUACACCAUGGCGACCAAACUGAGGAGACACAUGAGGUCUUCCCACCUGAAGGAGAAACCGUACAGUUGCUCCUGCGGCGCCUCGUACACCUUGAAGCAGAGUCUGCUUCGGCACGAGGCUCAGCACCGGCCCAAGACAGAGGAACCGAGCAAAGCAGGUCCAGAGGAACCGGUGGCUUCGGGCUGCGGCCACCUGAAACCGGCCCGAGGAAGACCGAGGAAGACUGGGCUUCAUCUGGAGACCAGAGGAAAGGAUGAGGCACGGGAAAAAGAUGAGAACAUGGUGAAAACAUCAGAGGCUGCAGGCGACGUCCAGCACACCGUCAUUUACGUCCACACAGACGAGCUGCCUGCAGGGACGCAGCCGGAGCUGGUGGAGGUGGUGCUGCCUGACGGCGCGGAGCAAUGCAUUCUGGUCCAGGGGCAGCAGCAGCUGGGGGAGCUGCUGAUCCUGCAGGAGCCGGACGGACUCUGCAGCGUGGCGGAGACCGUGGAGAUAGACACGGUUUAACCCGAAGCCGACGAUCAAUCAGGUGAUUGAUUAAUGAGAUCCACCUUCCAUCAGCCGACCUCGUCUGCAUUUAAACUCGCUUAUUAGGGAAAAUUGUCUUUGAACAACCUUCGUACAACAGAUGUGAAUGAAUUAAAGCCGAUUAACUGCUGAUAAUUCUCAAAAAUACUCACAGUUUUCAUUAGCCAAUGGAACCAUCCAUUUUCUUUACACCCUUGUCCCUCAGUGGGGUCAGGAGGUGCUGGUGCCUCCAGCUAACAUUCUGGGCGA